AUGGCAACCCCAGGUUCAACAGAAGGCAAUGCCGUCUGGUCUUGUGCCACCUUCGUCAUCCUUAUGCAUUCUUUGAUGGUAACAUGUUCACCUCUCUUUUGCAGAUUCCAGAUAUUUCUCUAUUUUAUAUGUGCCUUCCAGAACAUUUCUUGCGGCAUCCACUACUUGGCUUCUGUGUUCAUGGCGGCAACGCCCCAGUAUGCCUGCCGACCCCCAGGCAACGUGAGUCGAGUUCUUUUCCACAAUGCCUCUACUUCGAGGCUGGAGGACAUCUGGGCCCUGAUGUUGCCAGGCCAGGAAGGUCACAUUGCUGUGCAGCUGCAGGACGGUGUGGUCUGGGAGCUCACUGGGUGUCGUAGGUCCUGGAGGCAGGACACCCUACACCUGGAGUAUGAAUACAGUGGCAGGAAGCAUGACUUCCCUUGCUCAGAUGGUUACAUCUAUGACCAGAGCAAGUGGGAAAGCACCGUGGUGACCCAGUGGGAUCUGGUCUGUCACCGAGAAUGGCUCACAAAACUGAUUCAGCCUGUGUUUAUGUUUGGCGUUCUACUGGGAGCAGUGAUUUUCGGCUGCCUUUCUGACAGGAUAGGAAGACGACUUAUCCUGUGGUCCACAAGCAUUGGCAAAUUUUUGUUUGGCAUAGCAGUGGCAUUCACCUUUGAUUAUUACAGCUUCAUGGCUGCACGCUUUCUCCUUGCCAUGGCUGCGAGUGGCUAUCUCGUGGUGGUGUUUGUCUAUGUGACGGAGUUCAUUGGCAUGAAAUCUCGAACGUGGGCCUCUAUCCAUGUGCACUCCUUUUUUGCCAUUGGAAUAAUGGCGGUGGCUUUGACGGGCUACUUUGUCAGGACUUGGUGGUUGUACCAGAUAGUCCUCUCCAUUUUGACAUUACCAUUUGUUUUAUGCUGUUGGUUGCUCCCAGAGACACCUUUCUGGCUUCUCUCAGAGACAAGGUAUGACGAAGCACAGAAAGUCGUGGAUGUGAUGGCCAAGUGGAAUAGAACAAGCUCCUGUAAACUGUCAGAACUUCUAUCACUGCAUCUAAAUGAUCCUGUUGGUAGCAACCCCUCUGAAGUAAAGAAGCACAGUGUAUUGGAUCUGUUUUGUGAUUGGAAUAUUGCAAUAAGAACCCUUAUUGUUUGGCUGAUUUGGUUCACAGGGAGUUUGGGGUUCUACUCGUUCUCCUUGAAUUCUGUUAAUUUAGGAGGCAACGCAUACUUAAACCUCUUCCUCAUGGGGAUAUGUUCUAUUUUGAUAAUUUUUUUUCAGGGUUAUCAUAUUUGGAGUAUAGUGGCAGCUAUGGCUGGCAAAUUUGCCAUAGGGGCAGCAUUUGGCCUCAUUUACCUUUAUACAGCAGAGCUAUAUCCAACCAUUGUAAGGUCGAUGGCUGUGGGAAGUGGCAGCAUGAUGUGUCGUGUGGGGAGCAUCGUGGCCCCCUUCUGCGUGUACCUCACAGAUGUUUGGAUCUUCAUGCCACAGCUGCUUGUUGGGAUUGUGGCCUUUCUGAGUGGAAUUCUGACACUACACCUUCCAGAAACCCUCGGGAAGCCUCUGGUGACUACUUGGGAGGAGGUGGCAAGACAGAGAACAGGAAAAGAUAGCAGUUCAGGCAGACUGCUUCCUACAACUGAGAGUGUUGUGUUGGACAAAAUAGAAGUGGUCAACACAGGGAAUUCUGUUCUUUGUGAAUGA